GCCGGCUGUAAUGGUGGACGACUGAGAAAGGAAAGGGGAGAAACAUCAUCGGAAAAAUUGAAUCCCAGACCAAACACUACCGUCCGCGGCUCGGAAAUACACUCCGGCGAACAUGGAUGAACUAAAACAUCAAGUGAUGAUAAACCAGUUCGUCCUGACAGCUGGAUGCGCCGCAGAUCAGGCCAAACAGCUUCUGCAAGCGGCACACUGGCAGUUUGAGACAGCCCUCAGUGCCUUUUUUCAAGAGACUAAUAUCCCAUACGGUCACCAUCAUCAAAUGAUGUGUACACCAGCAAACACGCCAGCGACUCCGCCUAACUUCCCUGACGCACUCACCAUGUUCUCCCGCCUCAAGGCAUCGGAAAGCUUCAGCAGCAGCAGCAGCCAGUAUGGCGUAUGGCCACCUCUCCCCCUCCACCCGGUCAGCUGGGGCAUGACUCCACCCGUGGCCAGAGCAGGGAUUAUGGACAGGGCCCUCCAGGCACACAGGCCCACCCUCCCCCGGGCUGGCCAUCCACUGUCAACCAGCAAGCAGCCGCCGAACAGAAGGCCAGUGUGGCCAUGGAGGCUGAGAGAUGAGGAGCAGGACUGCAUGGCCCCUCUCCCGCUCUCUCUGGGGUGUUAGAAAAGGGGAGGAGUGAGACGAAAGGUAGGGGUGGGGGCGGGACAGGGGGCACUCGCUUUGUCUUCUCACCUUAAGAAGAGGUGGGAAGGAAAGAGCGAUACAAGCAAGAAUCCACCAAGCAACAUGGACAAUUAAGGGAGGGGUGAAGUAGAGAACAGCCAAUGCAAAGAUAAUAAAAAAAAAA